AUGCCCAAGAAGAAAGCCACAAAGGGGAAGAAGGGGAAAGCCGGGAAGGGAAAGAAAGAGGGCAAGCAGGAAGCUAAAGUUGACAAAGAGUCGGACGUGGAGAAGGCCAAGGCCAGCGCGGCCCUGUGGCAGGCCAGGUUAGACGCCAACGAGCAGUCGCGCGUGCAGUACCGCGAGGCUUGCCGCAGGCUGGGCCGAAUCAACGAGGAGCUCACGAGCCAGCAGCACCGGACCGAGAGGGACACCAUCGACAUCAUGGGCCUGCUAAGGAAGAAGGACGCACAGAAAGAGGAGGAGAUAAAGAGGCUGGAGGAGCAGCUCAGAAGUCAAAUGGCACUUGCACGUGAAGAGCAAAAGAAACUGGUUGAAGAAUACACUAUUCAAAUCAACGAGUUGGAGGAAAGGUUCAAAGAGAGAUCCGAUGAGUUUAACAUGAUCCAGGAGGAAUGGAGGAAAAUCAGAGAGUUUCAGAAGAGGGAAGCCCAAAUGGAACAGGAGCUCAUUACUAUGAAAGAAAGCAUGCGUCUUGCUGACAAGGAGCACAGGAAAAACCUGAAUAGAAUGGAGUGUAAAUUCUUCGGUGAAAAGGUUCGCCUGGAGAAGGAAGCAGAGCAGAGGAUUGCCCUGCUGGCUGAGAACGCCCACAGUGAGGCCAUUGUGCAGCUGGACGAUGCCUCACGCUGCGUCUUCAAGGACAACGUCCGUCUCAAUGAAGCAUUGAAUUAUCACAUAAAGGAGGCACAGGACCUGCAGAAAUUGACGACGUCAUUGGCUGAAGAAAAAGCCUCCCUGGCUCUGAACAAGGAGAUGGACGAGAUGAUGAUAAAGACGAAUGCGGUUCAGAUGAAGGCCCAAAGGAAGGAGAUAUCCGAACUGAAGGCUAAGGUGGCCACUCUGGAGCAGGCCCUGGAGACUAUGGUUAUGGAAUGUGAGCGAGAGAAGGAGGACACCCAGCAGCAGGUCCUGGUCAGCAGCCAGGCCAGCCAGGUGGAGCUGGAGAGGCUGCAGAAGGAGCUAGCCGUGCAGGAGAAGGAGAUGGGGCGUGUCAAACGGCUGGCAGGCUGCGUUGUGAGACAGCGCACGGAGCUGGAGCAGUUUUUCCACGAGGCGCUGUUUCAGGUGAAGCAGGAGAUCCAGGCUAGCAGGCUGCUCUACAAGGAGGAGGCGCUGCAGGCCUACCGCAUGAGGAUGAGCGCAGCCACUGCAAGAAAACUCAAGUUCCCCCUCAUCCGCACCUUCACUAAAAACCCACACAGUACCAACUGUGUCUAUUCAGACAUGGAGGAAGCUGAGAAGUGGAACCAUCUAAGAGGCAACAAGGUUGACAUCUCUGAUCUCACUUGGGAGCAGAAGGAAAAAGUGCUUAGGCUUCUGUUUGCAAAAAUGAAUGGACAGAAGGCAAGGAAUCUGGGCCAGCACUUGGCUUUGGCCGCAUCCUUUGAGAAGAACCAUAGUGACACUGAUGCUGCUGGAAUUACAGAGGAGUUAUCCCCAGUGACCUUCAUCACGCAGGCGCCUGUGUCCAACCUGCCCUCCAACCCAAACAGACUGCCGGAUAUACACACCACAUGA